GAUGCGAGGUGUAGACAGAUGCCAAUCCUACGCUCAGCUCUGCUGACCCCUGCAACGGUCGGUUCUUUUGGGUUAAAAAAAUAUAAACAAUGCGAAAAGCUCAACAGUCCCUCUCCAGCUCUCCUGCACCUGCACUGCUCCUCCAAUUUGAAUCUAGCUAUUAGUCCGUCCGUCUCCGUCUCCGUCUACCGUCUCUCCCAACCCAGAGUGCGUUACGCGAACACGUGCCUGGGGUCAUGUCAGCCAGUGAUUGCAGCGGAUGUCGAGCUGAAUCUACAAGUGAUAGUAGACACUAGACAGUGGUGACAGGAAAGUAGUGAAACCUUCUAAAAAGGAUUUUGAAUGUGUACAUUUCUGAUUAACAACGCAAUAACAGAUAUUUUACCUUUUUUUCUUACAAAAAAGAGUUGAGAUUUUACAUCAGGCAGAAGCUGAGAAGCGUGGCAAGUGUGGUACGGCACACGUCUUCACUGUGCUCAGUGCUCACUCUCCCGUGCGCAGAGCUCAACGGCUUUAUCCUGUGUGCGCGUCGUGCGGCGGCCGCUGUGGGCGCAGACCCCGAUGAAACAGCAGGAAAUUUGAAAUCCCUCUCGCUCCCCCUCGCCGCCGCCCCUCUCCUGUCUCUGUUGAAACUGUUCUCCACUGCUCCGCGCACACCACAAAAACGCAAGACUCCAAUCCACGCCUCCCAAGGCUCUGCCGUCUGCCCCUCCCAAACACCACCACCGCAUCGGCUCACCGUCAGUCCUCACCCACCUCCCUCCCUACCUAGCUCCCGACUCCGUCCAUUCCCCCCCGUCUGAAUCCCAUGGGGCUCUGUUUCAGCAAGAAGCAGCACGCGAAGCGGCGAGACGGGCAGCCGUGCAACGACGCCAAGAAGAGCGGCAGCCGGAAAUCCGGCAGGGACGCCGCACCGGUCGUCGGUGCCAAGAAAGCGCCCCAGUCAAAGGCGCCGGCUUCGGCGACGGCCAAGAAGGCCGUAGCAAGGCCGGAGGAGCCGGCAGCCGACAAGAGGACGGUGUUCGUCGUCAAGGCAGCCGCGGCGGCGGCGGCCGCGGAGGUCGCUGCAGCCGCGAAGGCCGGGUCCGGGGAGGCGGCGGAGGUGAAGCGGGCGGCGCCGGAGGAGGAGGAGCCGAGGCCCGUCGCGGUGGUGCGGGCGCCGGUGCGCACGUCGAGCUGCACCAAGGAGGAGGUGGACGCGAUCCUGAUCCAGUGCGGCCGCCUCAGCCGGAGCUCGUCGGCGUCCGGGAAGGCGCCGUCGGGGGAGCACGGCGGCGGGCACCGGAGGUACGCCGGAUCCAAGCGGAGCUACGACUUCGACCACGAGAGGAGGGGCGGGGGCGGCGCCGACGAGUGCGAUUGGGGCAGGGAGGGGGCCGCGGUGUCCAGGCCCUCCCCGCGCCGCCGGACGCCGGACCGGAAGCGGUCCGCGAGCCACGACGGCCGCACUGGCGGCGGGAGCGGGAGCCGGAGCGGGAGGGUGAGCCGGUCGCCGGGGCGGCGCGCGGACGUCGCCCCCGCCGCGGGGAGCUCGGGGACCGGCGAGCGGGGCGCGCGGCAGCAGCCGGGGAAGAUGGUGUCGGUCCCGGCUAGGGACAAGGGGCGCGCGCCGUCGCCGGUGAAGGCUGCGUCGUCUGGGAAGAGGUACCCAUCGCCGACGCUGAGGUCGAACUCGCCUGCGAGGGCGGCCGCCGCAGGGAAUGAGAACGCCCUGGUGCAGCCGACGCACGGGCCGUCCCUGAGCCGGAGCUCCUCGAGGAAGGCCGAGCAGUCGCCCUUCCGGCGCAACCCCAUGGCGGAGCUCGACGAGAACGCUCUCGACAACAACCACCACCACAACAAUGGCAACAACGGCAAGCUCCAAAAGAAAUCCGCCGAUGCUGCCGUCGCAUUGCCGCAGAAGACAGUGGAGCGGGCAAAGGAUCAGAUCCCCAGCAGCCGAGCUGUGAAGGAGAAGGAGAUUGUGGACGAGGCCGUGGCGUCGGACACAAAGGCUUCGUCUGCAAGGAUGAACGCGACCCACUCGGUGAGCAUCGUGGCCGAGAACGUCACCAAUCUGAAGCCGGGGAGCCGGUCGUCGAGGCGGUCCUCGCGCGACUUCGACCACAAUGGCAACUCGUACGCGUCCCUGCUCCUCGAGGACAUCCAAAACUACCACCAGCAGAGCACCAGCGCCGCCACUGCCACUGCCGCGCCGACCUUCGCUCUCCCGGCGUGCGUGUCGAAGGCCUGCUCGAUCCUUGAAGCCGUCGCUGACCUCAACUCCUCUUCGUCCGAGAACAAGAGCUUCGAGCUGGAGAGGUCGGUCAACGACAAGGAGUCGGUCAACGGGAGGUACGGUGGCAAGGGUCCAGGCCCCAGCCUCGUGGUCGAGUCGGAGGUCGGCGUGAAGGACGACCUCAUGGAGCCGAGCAUGCACAAAUACGUCUCGGUGCGUGACAUCCGCGGGGUCGGGGAGACCGAGCCGCAGGAGUCCGCGGGGAGCAACAGCUUCGCCGGCAACGCCUGGACGUGCUCCUGGGAGCCCAAUUCCGUCGACUCCACGGACCGGACCAGGACGGCCUCGCAGUCAUGGCAGUACAAUGGUGACGAGGUGGAGCAGGUCACGGAGCAGUCAUGGCAGAGCAAGCAGAAGGCGGCGGCGUCGCAGGAGCCCAGCCGCCGUGGUUCAACUAGCAAUGUUCACGUUCAACGCGUGCGUGGCAGUGCCGUCAGUGGCCGGUCCGAUGGUCGCGGUGUUUCGGCGAGCUCUUCGGUUGUUUAACGAUGCUACUGGGCAGUUUAGGAGUAAUGCUCUAGGUGUUAAUGGUAGUUUCUGGUUUGAAGUUCUGGCAAGAUAGGUUGCUGUUUCAGAGUAGUCUUCCAGCGUUUUGGAUUCUUUGCUAGUUUGGUGAUACAUUGUUCAGAUGUAAUCAGGCGGUGACAUUGGCAAUGUAUAUCUCUUUCUUUCACU